ACUGCAGUUGCACCAGCUGCAACAUCCUGGGCUAUUAGUUUGCAACAAUUCUAUUCUCUAUUUCGAGAAAUCAACGAAAAUGUUUGCAAAAAUUGUAAUCCACUAUAUCACUUUUAAAAUCGUAUUAUCGCAGAUCGACGGAAAUUUCUGGUGGAUGAACAAAGAAUUAAAUAAAUAUCGAAUUGAACCGUCACCCCCAAAAUUCGAAGAGCUAAGUGAAUUCGACACGGAUGAAAGUGCCAAGAUUGUCUUCAGAGAUAACGACUACUCGUUUUCUUUUAGUGAUUUAGUGAUACCGAAACCUGAGAAAUAUAGUAGAGAAGAAAAAGCAUUGAAAAAGGAUAAAAUGAAACUCGACAUACAAUUUCAAGACAAAAGUCUGAUUUCAUGGCCUGAUGCUAUGAAAGAUAAUUUCUUACUCCAAAAAAACAAAAAGAGUCCCAUUACAGCAAAAAACAACAACAAGACAAGUCAUUUAAGUGAAGAUGUACUUGAUUUUAAAUUUCCCGAUGAUCGUGAAUUUUGGCACAUUAUAAAUGGCAACAAAAGUACGCGUACCUCAACUACAACUACCGAAAAAAGUGUAAACAAUAAUAAGAUUAGUAGUAUAAUUUUGAUCAACGACAAAACACCCCUUCAUGUUACUAAAGAAAAUUCGGAAACUGAGCAUAUCUGCACAUCGAUGAAGAAAAUAGAAUGUAAUCAUAGGGGAGGUGUUGUUUAUGCUAAAGAGGACAGAGAAUUUAAAAAGUCCCCGUUUGAAACACAAACUAUAUGUUGUAUUCUUCCACUCUCUGAUAAGUCACAGUCCACAAAAACGCACAAAAUUGCCUUUAUCGAAACUUCAACGCCUAAAGCUACCAAGAGGAUAAAAAGGUCUGAGUUAGAAUCUCCCGCCAUGAAACAAAGGAAGGCUUUAUUAGUUCAAAAAUAUGGGCAAAUAAGGCUACAAGCCCUUUUGAAUAAACCAACAACUAUAAAAGGCAACCACAAAAUUGUUACAACAGAAGACGGUUAUGACCCUUAUUGGAAUAUAAAAAAUUUAAACUUUAAAACUCAGUUACCUAAACCUUCCCAUCAAUUAACGACUAAAUUCGACUAUAAUUCUGAGGAUUAUGUAGAAGACUACGUGGUUGAAUUGCCCCAACCUGGACUUACAGGGUUGUAUUCUGAUAAUAAUGCUGCACGACCCCCUAAUUGGUCAUUUGUUGGUGGGAAACCUGGUUCAGCUUAUGGAGGAAUCGUUGACAGUGAGGAAGACUGUGGAACAUCUUUUAUUUAUUCUGCGACUGUCGACCCGAGAUUAGAUCAUGUCGGUGCAUCCAGACCACCAAUUCGCAGAAGACCAGUGAAACUUUCAACCGCUUCGAAAGAGAAUUCGUACGAUGCUGAAAGCCAAACUAUAGACUAUCAAUCAAAUCCUGAUUUCCAUGUAUUACAAGGCUACAAACUUCUCAAUUUAGUACGAAACAAGAGCAGAAUUCACAGGAACGAGAAGAAAACAACUACUACCGAACGUUUUUACGAUGAUGAUAGUAAGGAAUCUGUACAUAUUGCGAGCGUGGAAACUGAAUAUGACGAUUUCGAUAAAAAUCAACAAGUUUUCAAGGAUUGCGGUAGAGUUGUAAAGGAAUCAGCAGACUAUGACGAUGAUUCGAACAAGCAAAUAGAGAAAGCCGAAAGAGGUUCUCAUCCAUGGCUAGCUAUGAUAGUGUUGUCUAGAAAACGACAAAGUAUCUUGUGUUACUCAACAAUCGUCACUCCAAGAGUCGCUGUAACGGCUGCUGAUUGUGUUUAUGGCAAGACCUCACCAGGAGAAAUUACCUUAAUAGCAGGUGUUUGGGAUUUGGGUGAUACGACUCGUGAAGGUUGGCAGAAGCGUUUAGUCAGCGUACAUCUUCAUCCUCAGUACACACCUGGGGAUUUGGCACAUAAUUUGGCUCUGUUGCAAUGGAAACGGCCCCUUAGAUUAAGCGAAUCCGUCGAGCCAGCAUGUCUAUCAGAUCCUCACGUCGGUGACGAUUGCAAAUUCUUCGGCUGGGGUGGCUACGAUCAGGCAAUACGUCAACAUUCACGAUGGCAACGAGCGUCUAUAUUAACACCACGAGCCUGCAAAAAUAAAAUUUCUCCAAGCAAGAGAGCGGAUCUACCUAACGAUGCUUUCUGCGCUUCAGUACAUUCGCGGGGCACUGUGACGGGCAUUGGAGGCCCUCUAAUAUGCACAGUUGACAACCGUCACUCAGCGGUCGGCGUGGCAGUGUGGCGCGAUAACGCCGUUGUACUCAUACCCGUAUACGAGUGGACUGCACGUGCGCUUAGUACUUUGAAUUUGUAG